AUGGGAGUUAAUACCACCAAGGAGUUGUGCGGUAUCUGCCUAGAUAAUGUCAUGCACGACAAGUCGAGACGAAAGCGUGCUUCUUCUCCCGACCCCGGAGGGUGUGGUUGUCACAGCAAGCCAAGACAGUCACGGCAGAAGAGCGAUGUACUCACUGCUGCAGAAGCGAUGAUGGAUGCAAUCUGUCUCGGUGGAUCAGUCUCCGCAGCAGGAGCCAACAACGUGUAUCGUGCUGGUCACCGAAGUCCGGGUACGUCCCCUCCAGAGAGCCCCUCCUACAAGAGCAGCACCGGUUACGGCAGCAGCUAUCAGCAGCACCGUCCGACGCCGCGAUACAGACAACAUCAACCGUUUCCAUACGAACAGCAGCACGGGGAUUCGGUGGCGCAUCGAACCGAUGCCAUCAUGACCAUUGCAACGACACCAGACCAUCACACGGACGAAAUCAACACUUCCUCAUCCUCCCAGAAACACGCACACUUCAGCGACGACAUCCGUGCCCAACAGCAGCGCCCCAGCAGAUCACAACGAUCCCAAGAUCACUAUGACUCGAAUGACACCGAAGAUGACACUGGAACCACCACCCCGGCUUGCAGCGCCACACUUGACACUACUAGAGCCAUUGGAUCCAAGAAAGAGCAACAUGUGACCAACAAGGAACCCUUCACCAUGAUUCUCGUUUCUCCCUGCACAGCAAACCAGAAUUAUGAUCCACGCGCAAACAGUAGUGAUACUUCUCCAGUGGAAAAACAUGCUCCACCCAACGAACAAGGUACCAGCGACUCACAUUCCACGCGCCGGUCCCUUCUCGACGAUAAUUCUUCCUGUGUGUCCAUGGUAUCAUCCUGCCGUAGUGACAUGUUGGAGAGCGAAGCAGAUGGUGGUGGCGGUGUCUUGGGGAGCAGCAUCCUCCGCGAAUACGAGCACGCGGUUGGAACCAAAAAGCCAUUCAAACCCAAGACCGAUGAAGCAUCCAGCAAAAACAAGAUCACUGCGAAACACAUCAAUCGCUUCCUUGAGAAGCUCUCCAAGGACAAGCUAGCCAUGGGAAUGCCAAAUGAUUUGGAUGCUUCUACUGUAGCCAGUAGUGACAUUCUCGGCGUUAACAACAGCCAACCCGACGCCCAUCAUCAUCCAAUCAGUAUGGCGAGUCUAGAAGAAGUACCGUCGUCGCUGCCUCCACUCAAGUUCGAUUCCAGACGGACGGUUGAAAAUCAAGCAGAUCCCAUUGAAGAGAGCCGAGACGACAAGAACGGUGUUCACUCUCAGCAGCGACUUCCUGAAGGUUUUCUUCGAGAUGAUGAAGAUGAUGAUGACGACGACGACAUCACUGGCCCUUGCAUGGCUCCAACCGAGUCACUAGAGACCCUGGGAACCCUGGAUGAGAACAUUGAUCCAGCUCUCGAGUCCACGGCUCCAACAAUAUCAAACAUGAAGAAACACCAACAAAAGCUCAUGGACACCACUCAUCACGUCCAAAUAGCUCCUCCAAGUGACGUUGGCACUUCUGAUCACAAUGAUAGUCUCGUAGUGCCCAUCAAUACUGCAAGAAGCACAAUGACUUCGCUUACUGCCUCAUCUUUCAACGUCGCUACUCCGACUGGGCCUCAAAUAGGAAGUCAUCCAUCUUUUAACUCUGCACCUGGAAAAGAGCGAAGAGAGAUAUUUCUCAUGAAAGACCAGCUGCAGUGGACCAUGAGCAAAUUGGAAUCCACACAAUACGAGUUGAACGUGAUGAAGGGAAUCAAAGAUUUGUAUCAACGAGAGCUGGAAUGCAAAGCCAUGGAAUGCAAACUGGCAGAAUGGCGCCUUAAUCACAAACCAUUGGCAAUCGACGCCUCCGAUCUUCCCCCCGAUCAUGCCACUCUCGAAAAACGAGAGGACGCUUCCGGCGCUGCGUCGGUAAGCUCCUUGUCUAUAGGUGAGAUAUCGAAAGCACCAUCCUCCUCCUCCACCAAUGACGUCAAUGACGUUGCAACAGUUGGUUAUGGACACACACAAUUCCUAUUCCAAGCUGGGUGUGUUGGUCUCCUAGCUGUCGCCUUGUACGUUGCGGUUGGACAGAACGCUCCCAUCAUGAUGGACCUGAUGUGGACUUCAUUUCUAGCCAUAUGCACACCCCUCCUUCAAGCGAUAUCGCGUGCAACACUGACCUCUUUCGAUCUCUUCAAGUACUGUGUCAUCGAACAUGGGAAACUUGUUCGAGUUGCCAGUGACAGUUUUGGUUUGGCGAGUGCAAUGAUCUAUGACGUCGCGUCAAGCCUAUUUUAUAUUUUUGGUCAAAUGACGGGCACCUCCGAUGCGAUGGCAGAGUUCGUGGACAAUGUACAUGAAGAUCUGAUAUACUCAGCCUUGUUGUUCUCGAGGGUGGUGGCACCACCGCGGAUUGGGCUGUCUCUCGCGAGACUAGGCGUUGAUUGCAUGGGGAAAAGGACCAUCGAGUGUGUAGCUGUGGAUGCUGCACUGAUGAUGUCAGACCUGCUUGUUUCUCUCCGCGAGUGGAUCCUUGGUUAG